UUACAGAGUGAAUAUGACGGCGUUAACGACCCCUAGCAGUCGUGUUUUCGUCGGCCAACUUCCACCGGAGUUUUCCGAGGACGAAUUAAUCAAGAAAUUUUCUCCUCAUGGGGUCGUUACUUAUAUAAACAAUACAAACAAGGGAUAUGCAUUUGUUCAGUUUGAAACCGAGGAGGGGGCCCGAUCCUGUGUUUUGAAAGAGAACAAUACCCAGUUUUUGGGCAAAAAAAUAAAUGUGAACUUUGCAAAGGAUAAAAAACUUGAAGCUGAAAAUAGAAACAGAGACUUAGGACCAGGGCGUGGACUGCCAGAUUUGGGACCAGGUCGGGAUUUAGGACCGGGAGGUCGUGAUAUUGGUUAUGGAGGACGAGAUGGGGGACACGGAGGGAGAGGGCGGGAUGAUUAUGGAGAUCAGAAUGAUAGAGACAGGUACCAUGACCGGUCGCGAGGUGGACCCUGGGAGAGUGAGCGGGGUCGAACAGGACCUGGAUACGGAGGACCAAACAACAGAGGACCGCCGCCGCCGCUGGGUGGAGGAACUGCUGCCCCUGCCCCGGUUAACGACGUGGAAAUUAUCUGCUUGACUAAAAUAACCAGAAACUAUGCAGAGUUUAUCGAAGAUCGGUUGAGGAAAAUGGGACUCAAGGUUGAUGUUCUUUUUCCAAACCCGGAUAUUCCUAUUGGUAAGGUUCUCGGAAACAUAGCUAUGCGAGGAGUUAUGUUUGCAGUGUGUGUCUCCCCUGAAAACGAAGUACAUAGAUCGUUGACGGUGAAUGUGCUGCAAGGUGAGCAGCAAGAGCAUAGAAAUAUGCCGGUUGAUGAAGCAACAGCGUUUAUCGGGAAAAAUUUCUCUAAACUAAUUGAAAACCCAAAGAUGAGUAUUGAAAAGCCAAAUUUAGGCCUCCCACAAGAUGUUAAAACCAUUCUUGGUUUCCUCUCUGACAAUCGACCCAUGUCCAUCAUGGAAUAUGAUAAGCUGAUUAAGUUUCUAGUUAGCAAAAGGGAAAGCACUCUCAAAGAUGAAUAUGGUUCUAACAUUCCUGCUCACCUACUUGUACCUCCAGUUGGGCCCAAUCAGGAUCCAGCAAUGAAAGCUAAGCAGGAGGAAAUACAGACAAAAGUUAUUGAAAUUCUCAACAAAAAGAGCAGUAUUCUCUCAGCUCAGAAUAAACCUUCUCCAGUUCUUAAUCCUGCUCUACAGCAGGCUAUUGACAGUUUAGUAAAAUCUGGACCUAAUCUUCUGAACAAUAUCGGAAAAGUCGGUAACUCGGGGAGUGUUGGAGGAAUGGGAACAGGGGGAGGAGGAGAGGGUAAUCUUGGUGGUUAUUAUGCCAAUCUUUUUGGUAGUGGUGGUGGAAUGGGAGGCAAUGGAAUGAGUGGUGGAGGAAUGGGAGGUAGUCGAAUGGGAGGCAGUGGAAUGGGAGGCAGUGGAAUGGGAGGAGGUGGAAUGGGAGGCGGUGGAAUGGGAGGCGGUGGAAUGGGAGGCGGUGGAAUGGGAGGCGGUGGAAUGGGAGGCGGUGGAAUGGGAGGCAGCGGAAUGGGAGGCAGUGGAAUUGGGGGUAGUGGAAGCAUGGGUAGAGGAGUAGGUAUUGGUGGUGGAAAUGACUAUGGAAUGAUGAGAGGACAUUCAGGAAUGUAAUGUUCUAGUGAACUCAAAAACUUAAGAGUUUGAAAACUAUCUCUUUAAGGCUAAGAAAUAGCAGGAGACAUUUAAGUGAAAAUUAAAAUUUUGCAUAUUGUUGUGUUUUGUAAAUGUUAUUUUCCUCAAAUAUUCUCUGUUUUUCAGAA